GCGGGGCAGGGAGGCAGCAUGCUAAGCCGGGUGCGCUCGGCCGUGGCGCACCUGGUGAGCUCCGGGGGCGCCCCGCCUCCGCGCCCCACGUCCCCAGACCUGCCCAGCGCGCCCUCCGCGCAGUCCGCCGCUCCCCCAGAAGCGCCCAGGAGCCCUCCGGCGAGGGCGGGGAGCGGGAGCGCGGCGCCUGCGAAGACAGUAGAGGCUCGAGCGAGCUUCUCCCGACCGACCUUUCUGCAGCUGAGCCCAGGGGGGCUGCGACGCGCCGACGACCACGCUGGCCGGGCUGUGCAAAGCCCCCCGGACACCGGCCGUCGCCUGCCCUGGAGCACGGGCUACGCCGAGGUCAUCAACGCUGGCAAAAGCCGGCACAAUGAGGACCAGGCCUGUUGUGAAGUGGUGUAUGUGGAAGGUCGGAGGAGUGUUUCAGGGGCACCUAGGGAGCCGAGCCGAGGUCAGGGACUCUGCUUCUACUACUGGGGCCUGUUUGAUGGGCAUGCAGGGGGUGGAGCUGCUGAAAUGGCCUCCAAGCUCCUGCAUCGCCACAUCCAGGAGCAGCUAAAGGACUUGGUAGAGAUACUCCAGGACGCCUCGCCACCUCCCCUCUGCCUCCCAUCUACCCCAGGAGCCCCAGGUUCCUCUGAUUCUUCUCACUUGGUUGGUCCCCAGUCCUGCUGGUCUUCACAGAAGGAAGUGACCCAUGAGAGUCUGGUAGUGGGGGCCAUUGAGAAUGCCUUCCAGUUCAUGGAUGAGCAGAUGGCCCAGGAGCGGCGUGGCCACCAAGCAGAGGGGGGCUGCUGUGCACUGGUAGUGGUCUACUUGCUAGGCAAGGUGUAUGUGGCCAAUGCGGGUGACAGCAGAGCCAUCAUUGUCCGGAAUGGUGAAAUCAUUCCAAUGUCCCAGGAGUUCACCCCGGAGACUGAGCGCCAGCGCCUUCAGCUGCUUGGCUUCCUGAAACCGGAGCUGCUAGGCAGUGAGUUCACCCACCUGGAGUUUCCCCGCAGAAUUCAGCCCAAGGAGCUGGGGCAGAGGAUGCUGUACAGGGACCAGAACAUGACUGGCUGGGCCUACAAAAAGAUCGAGCUGGAAGAUCUCAGGUUUCCUCUGGUCUGUGGAGAGGGCAAAAAGGCUCGAGUGAUGGCCACCAUUGGGGUGACCCGGGGCUUGGGAGACCACAACCUCAAAGUCUGCAGCUCCACUCUACCCAUCAAGCCCUUCCUCUCCUGCUUCCCUGAGGUGCGAGUGUAUGACCUGACACAGUACGAGCACUGCCCAGAUGAUGUGCUAGUCCUGGGCACCGAUGGGCUGUGGGAUGUCACCAGUGACUGUGAGGUAGCUGCCACUGUGGACAGGGUGCUGUCGGCCUAUGAGCCCAAUGACCCCAGCAGGUACACAGCUCUGGCCCAAGCUCUGGUCCUGGGGGCCCGGGGCACCCCCCGGGACCGUGGCUGGCGUCUCCCCAACAACAAGCUGGGUUCCGGGGAUGACAUCUCAGUCUUCGUCAUCCCCCUGGGAGGGCCAGGCAGUUACUCCUGAGGCGCUCAGCCCCGACCCUCCCACCACCAUCCUAGCCUCUCAAUGCCUACUAUCUGCCAACCCAAACUCUGCAGUUGUCCCCCUGACCUUUAGUGGCAACUUAAUUGGAGAAGGGAUAUCAGUUAGAUCCAAAAUUAUAGCUAGUGGCAAAUAAACCGGAUGAA